GAUGUGCGUGUAUAUGCGUGAGUGCAUGUAUUGUAUAUGUGGUAUAUGUAUCGUGCUCUCGUAUAGAAUCGCUGCGAGAUUUUGCAUAUGUAUGCGGCUUUCUGUGUUCUCAGUCGUGUUUUCUCGAGAAUCAAGAAUGAGUAUUUUUAUGAAUAAUAAAUGAGUGCAGUGACAAAAUGUCUUAUAAUCGUAAAAUACUUAGUGGUGUUCCAUUUUCCAUGUCUAGCACCUAUCAAUUGUGUUGACAAUGCCAGGAGGUCCAGAAAUGUCUACACUGGAUCAAAAUAUGACGCAAAACAAUGGUUUUAAUGGUACACAAUCAUCAAGAAAAUUUGAUCAUGAUCCUCCAAUGUACUCUGAUGAAAAGGCAGGUCAAAUAGACUCCGAAUCAUUAGGUCCUCUACCACCUAAAUGGGAAAAAGCAUAUACUGAAAAUGGAGAAAUUUACUUUAUUGAUCACAACUCUGGUACCUCUCACUGGCUUGAUCCUAGAUUAUCGAAGUUUCAAAAAAAGUCACUUGAGGAUUGUACUGAAGAUGAAUUGCCUUAUGGAUGGGAGAAAAUUGUUGACCCGCACUAUGGAACAUACUUUAUUGAUCAUGUAAAUCGAAAAACUCAGUAUGAAAAUCCAGUAAUACAGGCAAAACGAGCAGCAGAAAGAUCUUUGUCAGAAGUGCCAAAUCAAACAAAAAAUUCAUUCACUCGAAAUCCUGAAGAACUUUGUGGUGAACGAUUUACUACUUCUUUAAUAAAAUCAUCUAGAGGGUUAGGUUUUACAAUAGUUGGAGGAGAUGAUAAUGUAGAAGAAUUUUUACAAAUUAAAUCGAUUGUACCAAAUGGUCCAGCUUGGCUGGAUGGUAAACUUCAAAUGGGGGACUUAUUAGUGUAUGUAAAUGACACAUGUGUCCUAGGUUUCAAACAUCAUGAGAUGGUCAGUGUAUUUCAGUCUAUUCUUCCUGGUGAAACAGUACACUUAGAAGCUUGUCGUGGUUAUCCAUUGCCAUUUGACCCAAAUGAUCCCAAUACAGAAGUCUUAACUACAAUUGCUGUGGACGCUCCUAAUAAACCCUCUAUGUACAUGGAUGUAUAUCCCAAUGUUAAUGGUAAUUAUAAUUAUUUAGAUAUGCCUGAUGAUUCAGUAAUAAAAAAUCAUAAUGAGUCACACAGAUUAAAUACUUGUUUGAAUGAUAGCUUCGAUAACAUACUGAAUCCGGCUGAUAUCAAUAGUGACAAACAUGAAACUAUAGCAAUACCAAUAGUUAAAGGGCCAAUGGGUUUUGGCUUUACAAUUGCUGAUUGCACUUAUGGACAAAAAGUUAAGAAGAUUUUAGACAGACAAAGAUGUAAAAAUUUAUUAGAAAAUGAUAUUUUGUUAUCCAUAAAUGCUGUCAGUGUCCGAGAUAUGUCGCAUGGUGAUGUUGUCCAAGUUUUAAAAGACUGUCCUAGAAAUAAAGAAUCUAUAAUUCAUGUACAACGAGGAGAUUAUCUAUUGACAAACUCUAACAGUAAAAAUAAAUUAAAUAAAAACUUUGAUACCAAUAAAUCAAUAUUGAAAAAUUUAACUAGUGGUAUUUUUAGAAGUAAAACACCCACUGCUGAUAUAUAUAGCACACAACAAAAAGAAAUAUUACCUAUUCGACCAAAAACUCCAUUAGUUGAUACUAGAGUUAGAAGUAGAACUCCUCUUACAGAAAGUUCUAAUAUUUUAACUCAGGACAACAUGAAAGAUUUGUUAUCUAAUUCAAAAUUGAGUUAUGAGCAGGACUCUGCUAAUUUAUGUAAUGCUUACGAGAUGAAAAUGUGCAAUAUACAAGACAGAAUGGCUGCCAUUUCAGUGAAUAACAGUAACAAAUCUGUCGACAUAAAUUCAAUGCAAAAGGGUUACAUUCCUAAUCAGGUUGAAUUAAAUCAGUUCAAUCAUAUGGAUUGUUAUAAUUACAAUUGCCCUCCUAAUAAGUUUAUGGAUCAUAAUGGCCACCAUGAAUCCUGUGGGUGUUUUGAUUGUAAAGAAUAUAAGAUGUCAGAAAUUGAUAUGAAUUUUUCUUUGGGUCAUGAUCAAGCAAAUACUAGCAAAAUGGGACUAAAUGUAAAUGAAAGUAUAGAGGGAAGAAAAGAUAAUAUUGACCAUGCUGACAUGUAUGCAUUGGGAAUGCAAAAUAAUAGUCAGUGGAUAUACUACCCUGGUUCCAAUCCCCAAAUGCCAAUAGGAGAUACUGAAACUGUAAUCACCUUAGUUAGGCAGGAGAAUGGAUUUGGUUUCAGGAUUGUUGGGGGAACAGAGGAGGGUUCUCAAGUUGCAGUAGGGCACAUUGUACCAGGAGGAGCAGCCCACUUAGAUGGUCGAAUAUGUACUGGCGAUGAGAUUCUUAGUGUAGAUGGACAAUCUGUUAUAAAUACAUCACAUCAUCAAGUUGUACAAUUAAUGGGACAUGCAUCUCAAGUUGGUCACGUGACUUUAGGAAUUAGACGUAGAACUUCUCAAGACUUUUUAAAUUCUCAAUUAUCUUCAUAUCCCUAUGAUGUUGUGGUGAAACGAAAUGAAAAUGAAGGUUUUGGUUUUGUGAUUAUCUCCUCUAUUAAUAAAGCUGGAUCUACUAUAGGUCGUUUAAUUGAGGGCAGCCCAGCUGAGCGAUGUGGCCAAUUAAGAAUCGGCGAUCGCAUUUUGGCAGUUAAUCAUAUGGAUAUUUCUCAUAUGUCACAUACUGAUAUAGUCAAUUUAAUCAAAGAAUCUGGCUAUAUCGUUACAUUAACAAUAGGCCUACCUCUUGGUGUUAAUAAAUCUUUACAGCAAUAUAUUUCCUAAUGAUUUAAUUUACACAAAUA